AUGUGCGCCUGUGUUAUUCCUGCACAAGAAAGAGAAAACUAUAAAAACGCUUUUGAUGCUUUUGAUGAAGAUAGAGAUGAUAUGAUUACAAAAGAUGUCCUUGGAAAGCUCCUUAGAGCACUCGGAUUCAAUCCAUAUCCAGAAGAAGUAGAGGAUAUGAUUGCUGAUGUUGGUGCUGAUAAGAUAGACUUUGAUUCAUUUAUGUACCUUGUAUCAAAACAUGCUCGUGAAGCUGAUCCAGAAAAGGAAUUAGUUGAUGCAUUUAGAGUUUUCGAUAAAGAGGGAACUGGAAAGCUUCCAAAGGAUCAGGUUCGUCAAAUUCUUAGAAGUCUCAAACAACCAUUUACAAAUGAACAGAUUGAUGAAUUAUUUAGCAAGACUGGAAAAGAUCAAAACGUUGAUUAUGCUCAGCUCGUUCAGAUUAUGCUUACAUUUUAA